AACUUUGUAAACUCAACCUUAGAGUGGCAUUUGAUUGCCAUAAACGAAUAGAUUUCAUUUGAAAGGAGGAAAUUACUCUGCAUUAUUUUAUGGACGAUUGGAAAGUUGGGGUGAAAAUUAAGAAAGUGAUGUUAGUCUUUAGAUUUAUACCAAGUCUGUUCCUGCAUCAGGUAACUAAAGAUACACUGGAUUUUUAGAUAGCAAGCACGGACCAAUGAACAUAUAAUGUAGUUUUUUAAUUUACUGAGAGUAACCAUCCUGAAGCAGGUGACUAAAGCAUGGAAACAAUCAAAUACACCAAAAUUAAGAGCAUGGGUAUAAACAGCAGAACAAAGUUUAGAGAUGGAAAGACUAACUUUUAGAAAUGGGGAACAAAUACAUAUUUGGAAUAAGUUAUACUGUAAAGAAAGGCUGGUAAAAACAGUGGAAAUAUUUAAUGUAGUUUGUCCGAUUGUCAAACUUUGAAAUUGAGGAAAAUAUGUGACGUUUACUUUAAUAUGACUCCGUAUUGUUUUAUAUUUCUAUUUGCUGGACUGAUAACUUGUUAACGUAGGGUAAAUAAUAGUGUAAGCAUUGUGACUGUAACAAGGGCUAAAUGUCUUUUAUUCUGUCAACCAACGGCCGGAAAUGUGCUUCAUGCGGUCCAGUGCGUACCGUACACUGUAUAAUAGUUAUUACUAAAGAUAUAAAGACGAAGUAAUUUAAAUGUGUUUCUAUUGCGCUUUGAUUGCGUGUGUAUAAACCACAGAUUGUAUAAAUUCGUAUAAAUCAUAGUUUUUUUCGAAAUGCAAGAACUUUUAUUCUGAAGGGCGGAAGUGGCUUGUAGUAGCUUGAAUUAGAAAACUACUUCCGGUAGGAUAUGUGAUAUUUCAGGCAGUUGGUCUUAUCAAGAGUUUUUAUUGAAUGACAACAAUGUAGAAAUGAUUGGCUUUCGACAAGACGGAGAGGGCUUAUCAUUUGCCUACCGCAUACAUCUCUGAGGGAGCCAAAAAUCAUGUCAGCAAUCAAGAUUGCCCUGCAGCAGAGCCAGAAGAAGGGCAGAAGGAAAACCUCUGAAGCAAUGUCUGCAGAGGUGUCGCCAGACUCCAAGUGUCCCAUCUGCUUGGACAUGUUUAACAACAUUUCUUACUUGGACCUGUGCCUGCACAAGUUCUGUUUCCGCUGUAUUCACGAGUGGUCCAAGAACAAAGCAGAGUGCCCUCUGUGCAAACAGCCAUUUAAUUCAAUCUAUCACAGUAUAAAAUCAGAGCAAGACUUUAAGAAAUAUGACCUGCAACCGGUGGAUAAUGGCUCUUUUGGGACUUUUGGUGGAGUGCGGUUUAGAUACCGCACAACUCUUACUGGAGUCCAUCGACAGAUGCGGGGAAGGACCUCUCCACCUCCUGACAAUGGAGUCAUGUUUGAAGCCCCAGCAAACCCUCCCCAACUGCCACAGGACCGCUACAUACGACGGAUGAUGAUGAGGUUGGCAGCCAAGAGGAGAGCUGCGAGUGAAGGCAGGGCAGUGAACAGUGUCAGAGAACAGGAAAUGGUAAACUUCAGGAGAGAACUGUACCGACGGGGAGUGAGGGUUCGGAAUGUCCGGGAUGGUGGUCGCUCCAGAGACACCUCGGCUGAGUUUUUUCGAAGAAAUCCUGCCUGCCUACAUAGACUGAUCCCUUGGCUAAAAAGAGAACUUGUUGUGCUGUAUGGGGCCCAUGGCUCUUUGGUCAACAUAGUUCAACACAUCAUUAUGUCACGCAUUACACGUUAUGAUAUGGAGGAUGGAGCGAUUCAGGACGAGCUUAGGCCAUUCCUCCAGGGGCGCACAGAGCACUUUCUGCAUGAGUUCCUCUGCUUUGCAAAAUCUCCCUUUAAUAUGGAGGCCUAUGACCAGCAUGCUGUCUAUGACUGUCCAGCCCCUUCCUCAAAUGAAGACAGCAACUCCAAUUCGUCUGUUAUAGCGAUCUCAGAGGAUGAAGAGGACUCUGUGGAGUUGGACCCCCCUGGAGACUCCACAUCCACUCUGAGCCACUCUGCCUGGGAUGAUGAGACACCUGGGCCAUCGUAUUCUACAACAGCAGAGCAAAGUAGGGUAAAGUGUCUAUCAGUCCUCGAUGCAGACUCGGACAGCAGUUCAGAGGAAGAGACACUUGCGUUUGGGGCCUCUCCGCAGCCAAUUAGUCCUCAAAACCAGACAGACAUGACUCAGGGUGAAGUUAACAAUGAAGGAUGUCUGUCUUCUGACAGUGACGACUGUGUCAUCAUAAGUUUUGUUAAGCCAACAGCAGAGAGGACUCCUGAGCUAGUUCAGCUAUCGUCUGACUCUGAUGAGUCUGCCAGUGAAGAUAUUAAAGCAGUGCCUCUUCUACCUCAACACAUCCGCUUCUCAAGUUUGAGUCCUGUAGCUUCACAGAGUAGUGAUCCAAGUAGGGAUGGACAGGCAGAUUCAAAAGAAAGAUGUAGCUCUCCAACAUCGAGCAGACACAAGACAUCCAGUAAGUCAGACAGAAAGAACACAGAUGGAAGAUUUUACAGUAACAAUAGAUCUAUGGAGAGGCACGAGAGGGAAAAAGACAGUCGGAGAAAGUGGAGGUCAAGAAGUACAGAUCGCAGGCACUCCAGCCAGAGCCCAUUGAACUCCCAUAACAGUGUCAGCACUCUAUCUCGAGGAAAAGGUUAUUCUUACUCCAGUGGCAGAGACUACUUAGAAUGUGACAGUAAUUAUAAAAGGAGGGGCAGUGAUCACAGCUACCAGUCAUAUAGACAUUACAGCCAAGAGAGAAAUGACAGUGGGAUGCACUACACAGAAAAGCGGUCCUACUAUUACAGUAGCCGCAAGUACUCUGAUAGGCGCUCUCGCUCCAGGAGCCGCAGCAGGGACUCGCGGAGACGGGACAGGAGGCAUUCUCGUUCUAGGACUUAUUCCAGCAGUUGCUCCCCUUCAACAAAAAGGAGAUCUCACAGCAACAAGCCUGGUGGAAAGAGGAAAUACAAGACAAGACAUUUGGAGGAAGCAUCCAAAAAUGCACUUUCCAACUCAAAUGCUGAAGGUGACUCCCCCGUGUUAACAACAAAACACAAGAAAAAGAGCAAAGAGAAGCGUCGUAAAAAAUCCAAAGACCGGUCGAGAAAGACCAGCAGGAGCCUCAGCGUGGAGCUCAUCAAUGAGGAAAACUCUCAUGAGCAGAGCAGGCGUCACCAUAAAAAGAAGAAGAAACACAAGAAGAAAAGUAAAAGGCACAAGAGUACUGAACGCACAGAGAAGCACUCACCCACUGUCAUUACCAUUGAUAGUGACAGCGAUUCUUUUGCUAACAACGGUGUCACCCAGGCCAGCAGCACUAACAUGGACAACCCCAUUGACGGUACCACAGAUGACCCAGUUCACCCCGCUCUUCUGGACUCUUUGGAGUAGUUAUAUGGAGGUUCAUAUUCCUGUUUUGUGUUGUGGGAACGUAUUGAUUGAUCCUCAGCAGCUAAUGCCUGCCUGCAGUAUUUUCAAAACCAUGUUCAAUAUGUAAGAGGUCAUCAGACCAUGAAGGGUAUGCUGAGUACACAUAUCUGUUUAGUUAGAGUGCUGCAGGGAUGACGUAUUUCUGUACGCCAACCCAGAAAUUGGCAUCACUGUGGUCCCCCUGACAAAAAGCCAAUGGGAUUCUGGCUUAUUGCUGAAAAUAAACUGGUCGAUGUGAUGACAAACUCUGCGGUCUCAUCUAUCCACUUGAUAGCAACCGUCUUUUUAAAGACAUGUUAAAGCUCAAAGUUCAAAAGGUGAAAAUCACUUCAGCUUGUUUUAACCACCUCUAACCGAAAAAAAACAUUCAAAAAACAAAUUGACCUAGAGACAAGGGAACCACAAGUGUGAAACUGCAAACUCAUUUCAGUAUUCAAGGAGUCAUUCCUGCAGCUCUCUAUGCCACCACAAGUGUUUUCGCCUGUGACAGUUCAUUGGACGCUGGCCUACAUGACAACAAUCUCAUUUCAUGUGCAUAGUGCCACUAUGAACAUGGCUGAUGGGGAUGAUAUUAGAAGUCGCACAUCUUUUUUAAGUGACAAUUCUUAUUCAGGAAAAUAAUUUUCUUUAUGGAUUUACUUUAUUUCUAAGGUGCUCUCAGGGAUAAUAUUGAUCACAGUGAUUUUCUUUUUUUUUUUCGGGUCAUCAUACAUCAGCUAUAUUCCUAAGGCAAAACAAUUUCUAAUUGCUACACUUGGAGUAGUACUUAUUAUCCACGGAUGAUGUUUUGAUUUCAAAGUGGGCUCUUUUGUAUUGAAUUUUAUUUAAAAUAAAUUGUGAUGAGCAA